AUGAGCGACUUCGGUCAUUUCGGCUCCGAUGAGGAGUACGCAACUGUGCGCAAGCACAAUGCUGAGGUGGAGUCUGACCCCGACAACUUCGAGCACUGGGAGAACCUCAUCAAAGCUUGUGAGACAUUGGAGGGUGGCUUGAAUCGCAACUCAAGCCCUCAAGCACUAGCGACCUUCCGCGAUGCCUACGACAGAUUCCUCAUUAAAUUCCCUCUGCUCUUUGGGUACUGGAAGAAAUAUGCCGACAUGGAGUUCAAUAUUGCCGGCCCCGAGUCUGCUGAGAUGGUAUACGAGAGAGGAUGCGCAAGCAUCACCAAUUCUGUCGACUUGUGGACGGACUACUGCUCCUUCAAGAUGGAGACAACCCAUGACCCACACCUCGUCAGAGAACUAUUUGAGCGAGGAUCAGCCUUCGUGGGACUCGAUUUUCUUGCCCAUCCUUUCUGGGACAAGUACAUUGAGUACGAAGAGCGUCAGGAAGCACAAGACAAAAUUUACGCCAUCCAUGCACGAAUCAUUCGCAUACCAAUGCACCAGUAUGCACGUUACUACGAGAGGUUUCGAUCGCUAUCACAUAAUCAACCCAUCACAGAGGUGGUGUCUGCUGAGGAUCUUUCACGUUUCAGGGCGGAGGUCGAAGCUGAAACAAUUGCUUAUGGCGGCGGUCCUAAGGCUGAGCUGGAGAUUGAGCGCGAUGUUCGUGCAAAGAUCGAUGCCAUGUACUACGAAAUUUUCACUGCGACGCAAACUGAGGUAUCGAAGCGCUGGACCUACGAAUCGGAGAUUAAGAGACCCUACUUUCACGUUACGGCUUUGGAACACAAGGAUCUGGUCAACUGGCGCAAGUACCUGGAUUUCGAAGAAGCUGAAGGCGAUUUCACACGAACCGUCGCUUUGUACGAACGAUGUCUUGUCACAUGCGCCUAUUACGAUGACCUCUGGUUCCGAUAUGCCCGGUGGAUGAGUGGCCAGGAAGACAAACAAGAGGAAGUUCGCAACAUCUAUGCACGUGCUUCGACGAUGUUUGUGCCUGUUAGCCGACCAGGCAUCAGACUGCAAUGGGCUUACUUCGAAGAAAGUGCUGGCCGAGUUGACGUUGCCCUUGAUAUCCAUGAGGCAAUUCUUCUGAGGCUACCAGACUGUGUUGAGGUCAUUGUGUCGUGGGCCAAUGUCCAGCGACGACAAAAUGGCAUUGACGCUGCUAUUCAGGUGUUUAAGGAACAGAUCGAUUCUGCUACGGUAGACGUGUACACCAAAGCUGCCUUGGUUGCAGAAUGGGCUCUUUUGCUCUUGAAGGCCAAGGGUUCGGUGGAAGAGGCUCGCGGGGUUUUUAUGAAAAAUGUGCAGUGGUGUGCGGACAGCAGGCUAUUCUGGGAUCGAUGGUUCAACUUUGAGUUGAAUCAGCCAACGAGCCUCGAGAGUGAAGCUCAACACAGCGAGCGCAUGAAGAAAGUAUUCGACGAGCUUCGAGAACGAAGCCGACUCUCCCCAGCAGUCAAGAAGGACUUGACCCAAGUAUAUCUCACAUACUUGAUCGAGAGAGGCAACAAGGAUGCCAUGAAGGUAUUCUUGCAAAUCGACAGAGAAAUAUUUGGGCCAUCGUCGGUAGCCAAACUCUCUACGGGCAGCGGCAAGGAGAAUGGGGUUGCAAAGGGAGAGCUGGACGAGGCCAGCAAGCAGCGGGCCGAGGCCCAGUACUCUCACUUUUACGAGACUCAUGGUGAACCAGAAGCUGAUGCGCAGGGCAACGCAGACUUCAACUGA